CCUACACGUGGGGCUGGAUUUUUCCAUCUUUUGUGAAGUGGACAAUGAUGUUGAGUUGGUGAGUUUAAAAGUAUGUGCUGACUGUCACUGACAGAAACAGAGAGGAGACUCAGCUGAAGCAGAGAGGUCAGGAACAGACCCCUGGACCUGUGGAACUGCACCGCACCAUCAGGUUAAUGUCUUUUUUUUUUUCUAUUAUUUAUUUCUUCCAACAGCUGUUCUAUGAAAUGGAUGAAUUAUACUGUGCUUUUCAAUCUAGAAGUAUUUGAGAGGCUUAUAUUGAGAUUUUAAUUUUUUUUUUUUUUUUUACGUAACUUGUGAUCUGAAUUAUCACAGUGGUGAAAAUUAGUUAAAAAACAUCAGUGUGUGACGUUGUUGUGCUGCCGGUUGACAGUGUGACUGUGCUGACAGUUCAGUUCAGUUCAGUUCAGUUCAGUGUUCCAUGUGUGCAGGGCUUUAGGUGUGAACAAUGGCUCUGAGCUGUCACACAGACACAGCCACUGCCAGUCUGUGUCACUCCACAGAUACUGUGGUGAAUAUCUACCAGUGUUGAACACUGUACUGUACUGCAAUAUUUAGACCUCAGGUAUACUGUACUGUAAUGUUAUUGUACUGUACAAAUUCAAUAAGUUGAUACAUGUACAAUUAAAUUAAAAUUAAUUAUUAUUAAUUAUUAAAAUCUAAUAUAUUACAAUAUAAUGUGUCCAAAGACAUCAAUUAACAGGUGAUUUUGAGACAUGAGUGGAAAGCUGACUGUCCCUGAACUCUGUCUCUUUUCUCUCCGUGUCCAGCUGCUGAAUGUUAAAGCGGACACUCGUCCCUCGUCCUCUACACCAUGCUGUACACGUUAGCAGGAGGAGGAACACUCUGUGGCGUUGCUGCCCUUGUGCUUCUCAUCGUUUCCACGGCUACUGACUUUUGGAUGCAGUAUCAAUAUGCUGGGAGCUCAGCCAAUCAGGGGCUUUGGAGGUUUUGCAUUGCUCAUAAGUGUCAUUCUCACACCAUAGCUGUAGCUUUCUGGGACGCCACCCGGGCCUUCAUGUUACUGGCAGUACUCAGCUGUUUCUCAGGCGUUGUUCUGGGUCUCAGUGCCUUCACCAACGGAUCCAAGAACAGGAGAAUCCGCACCGGUGGCAUCGCCCUGGUUCUGUCAGGAUUUCUUGCACUUCUGGCGUUGGCAAUUUAUACCGGCGUGACAGUGACGUUCUUUGGCAAACGCUUCACGUCCUGGCGUUUCUCCUGGUCCUACAUCAUUGGUUGGGUGGCCAUCAUCCUGGCCUUUACUGCAGGUGGGUUCCAGCUGUGUGCUUACCAGAGAACCACAGCAGAACCUGCUCCAGAAAUAAACCUGGACAGUUGCACCAGAUGAUCAGGAUGAAUAACGUUGGAGCUGCUGUGACUUCAUCCACAAUAAAAGAAUCUGACUUUGACUUUGUUUCGUGUCUGUCCCUGCCUUCUUACAUGUAGUUAUAAUAGGAUACAUAAUAAUAAUGGUAUAACUUACUAUUAUUCCUCAUUAAACUAUAUUUACAUAAAUACAGUGUAGAAACGUCGUUUUAAUCGUCCCAGACACAAGACGAGUUAUUCUACAAAUAAAAAAAUAAAAAAGAACCACAAAGGGUGCAAUUUUUUUUUUAUUUACUUUGCAACAUUUGAUUUAUUUUAGAACAAUAGCAAAGUCAUCUCACAGAGACUACUUUGAAAUUA